AUGUCUGAAAACCAGGUCCAAAUUCCCGUUGAACUAACGGAGACUCUUGUCUUCGAUGAUGCGUUUACAUCCAUGAAGGAACGCUUCGUGGCUGAGAUGAAGAGAAUUGACGAAGCCAUGGUCAAGUUCAGCAAUAGAUUCCUCCAAUCCCAGGCCGCUCGUGUGGACAGCAAUACUUCAUCUCCAGAUCCUCAUACUGAUUUCCUCACCAAUUCCCCAUUAGUGGAAGGUGAGGGGGAGAAUAAAAUACUCAAACUACAGUUCGAUGUGAGCCAAUUCAACCCUGAAGAGGUCACAGUCAGCAUGUUACAAAACAAGCUGAUGAUAUCCGCCGCCCACAAGGAGAGUACGGAUACCAGCACUAGUCUGAGGGAGUAUAAGAGGGAGUUCUACUUCCCCCAAGGCGUGGACCCCACAAACAUCACCUCCUCACUGUCCAAAGACGGGGUACUUAUAGUACAAGCACCGCUGGCUAUAACUGAUAAAACUGCUACAUAA